AUCAAAUUAGGCCGACCCAACGGGUCAACAUUAACGGCUCUAACCGGAGCUAGAAAGUUUGGCCACUGGGCUAAGGACCAAAAAACAGCAUGACUUUUUCUUUUUCUUUCUCAGAAAUUUGAACGGCUGUUUCCAAUUAAGAACUAAAGUUUCCUCCAUUAUCAAAAAAUGGGGUUUCCUGAUUGGGUUUUAAUCAGUGCCGUUAUUGCCAUAACGGUGUUAAUUGCUCAAGCAGCAAUUAGAUUAGUGUUAACUGUAAUCAAUGGUCGGAGAAACAGAAAGAAGGCUAUUGGGAUCUUCCACCCAUACGCCAACGAUGGAGGUGGUGGGGAACGAGUGUUAUGGUGCGCCGUAAAAGCUAUACAAGAUGAAGACCCAAAUCUGGAUUGUGUUAUAUAUACUGGUGAUUUCGAUGCUUCCCCUGAUACACUUACUGCACGUGCCCUUGAUCGAUUUGGUGUCAAAUUAAUCCAUCCUCCUCAGGUGGUCCAUCUGCAUAAGAGAAAGUGGGUCGAAGAAACCACUUACCCUCGUUUCACAAUGAUUGGUCAAAGCUUUGGAUCGAUUUACCUUGCGUGGGAAGCUUUGGGCAAAUAUACACCUUUAUAUUACUUUGAUACCAGUGGAUAUGCUUUUACUUAUCCAGUUGCCCGUACAUUUGGAUGCAAAGUUUUUUGCUAUGCUCAUUAUCCAACUAUCAGUUUAGACAUGCUGUCUCGUGUUCAUGGGCGCAGUUCAAUGUACAACAAUGAUUCCUUGAUUGCCAGGAGUGCGAUACUAUCCCGGUUCAAGGUCAUCUAUUAUGCAUUGUUUAGCUGUCUGUACGGCAUUGUUGGUUCUUAUGCACACCUUGCGAUGGUUAAUUCUUCAUGGACUCAAUCUCAUAUUGAGAAGCUGUGGGGAAUACCAGCUCGAAUUAGGCGCGUGUAUCCUCCCUGUGAUACUUCUGGACUUCAGAUGCUUCCGCUGGAAAAGUCAAUGAAGCCUCCGAAGAUAGUAUCUGUCGCUCAGUUCCGACCAGAGAAGGCACACCCACUCCAACUUGAGGCGUUUGCAGUUGCCAUAAAAAAGUUAGACCAAGAUCUGCCAAGGCCGAAAAUCCAACUAGUGGGUAGUUGUAGGAAUGAAGCGGAUGAGAAAAGGUUGCAAAAUUUGAAGGACCUAGCUAUUAAGUUGGAUGUGGAUGAUCAUGUUGAGUUCCACAAGAAUGUUUUGUACAGUGAUUUGAUCAGACUUCUAGGUGGUGCUGUAGCUGGAAUCCAUUCCAUGACAGAUGAGCACUUCGGUAUAAGUGUAGUGGAAUACAUGGCUUCUGGUGCUAUACCAAUUGCGCAUAAUUCAGCUGGCCCAAGGAUGGAUAUUGUGUUACCAGAAGAUGGAAAGCAGACCGGGUUUCUUGCCAAGAGUGUAGAGGAAUUUGCUGAAGCCAUCAUUGAAGUCAUUAAGAUGCCAGAGAAUGAGCGGCUGGAGAUGGCUGCUGCUGCAAGGAAACGAGCCUCCAUGUUCUCAGAGCAAAGGUUUUAUGAAGAUUUUAAGGCUGCUGUACGACCGAUCUUUCACAAUGAUACAAAAUGAUUACAAAAUCUGUUUCCAUAACUGCAAGAGAUCAAUUUUAUUCGCUAUAAUUAGACUCUGUCGCAUGCAAGAGAUCAAUUUUAUUCAGUAUAGUUAGAUUCUGUC